GAACACUCUAUUAAAGUUGAUAACAACAAAUAAAUUUUUUAGUUAAAAAAUUAAUAAUUAAUAACUAUUGUUAAUUGGUGAAAAAAUAAAUUUUUAGUGUCAUUUGUCACUUUUUACUGGAAAAUUUAAUUAUUGCCUGCUUUGGUGAUUAAAAAACAAUUUUAUAAUUGACAAACGUCAUGGCUGUUGCUUUUAGUGAAUCCAAAAAUCACAGUGAUCGUGAAAGGUGGGUCUGUAUUUAUCCACUGUACAUAAACAGUAAAAAAUCUCGCGCAGAGGGACGUAAGCUGCCAAAGUCAAAAUGUGUUGAGAAUCCAACUCAUCAGGAGAUCAGAGACGUCCUUUUGGCAGCUGGAUUGAAAGUUGGUGUAGAAAACAAAUUACAUCCCAAAGAGCGAAGCAAAGAAUUGCUGUACCGAGGACGUAUCCGUGUGCAAUUGAAAAAUGAUGAUGGCACGCCAGUUAACCCUGAUUACUCUACCCGAGACUCGCUGAUGAGUUACGUUGGGAAAAGCAUCCCCAAUCUGAAAACACGCCAGGGUAAACAGAGCUCUAGUGAACCUCAGCAGUCUUCCUCGACGGCUAAAAAAGGCAAAGGCAAAGGCCGUAGAUAAAUUGUUAAUUUUUUUUUCGAAUAUUUAAUUAUCAAUAAGCAAGACUAUUUUUUAUUGUAAUUAAUGUCAAUACUAAAUAUUAUGAAUAUAAUUUACAAAAUGAA